AUGGAGUAUUAUUGUUGGGCGACGGCCGGCGGCGAUCGAGGUGUUGAGGCGGCAAUGGGAGUCGGUGAUCGAGGCGUUGAGCUGGAAACGGCGGGCGGCGAUCGAGUCGUUGAGACGGCGACGGCGUUCAGCGAUCGAGGAAAAGCUCCGAUUCCACCAAAGUGGCGAAACGAUGAUUGGAUCGAUGAUAUGCUGAGUUCAGAUCGAGUGAUGAGUUAUCUCGUUGAGGAUUCUGGCUUGAUGAAUGCGGAAUGUAGUGGUAGCAAAUUCAUCGAACAAUCUUACUGUGCCACCAAAUCAACGCAAGGUCACAGUUCUAUUGUUGAUCCGCUGCAAUCAGGUUUGUGUAGGUUUCGGAGUGUAUUGUUUCUGAGAGAAGAAUCAAUCUAG